CCGGGGAGUUUGGCGCACGAUGCCGGGUACCUACACACUGCCAACGUCGGUGCAGACAGCCGACCCUAUCGCAUCCACGACGCGCCGUGCAAAUUGCGGGACUCUGCCUGGUCGUCCGCCAUGUCGCUGUAUGCAAACAGCAGUGCUGAGAUGGGCCACUUCAGUAGUAAUGGGCUCUCCGACGGGCUCCACCUGCAGCAGAUGGAUGAGGUAAUGCAAAUGGACAUGGAUCUGUCGCUCGAGGGCGCCGAUGCCCAGAACGCCGCGGGAUAUGCCGCCUUCACGGGGAACCUGCAGACCACGGUGCCGGGCAGCAGCGCGGCCAGCGACGUCUACUCGAUGGGCCAGGACAGCAGCAUGACGGGCGCUGGCGCGGGCCCGCUGCCCACGGGGUUCGGGGCCCCCAACAUGAACCCGUCGGGCAGCACGCUGACCGAGUUCACCAAGCGGCGCAACUGGUCGCAGCGCGUGCUCGAGGAGCUGCGCGACCUGCUGCACAUCCUGACGCCCGACGGCCGCAUCCUGUACGUGUCGCCGUCGUGCCGGCCGCUGACGGGCUGGGAGCCGCCGCAGCUCAUGGGCCGCUUCAUCAACGAGUUCAUCCACCCGGACGACAUUGGCAUCUUCGUCAAGGAGUUCAACGAGAGCAUCGCGUCGAGCAACCCGCUGCGCUUCUUCUACCGCUUCCGCAAGCUCGACGACACGUACACCAUCUUCGAGUCGCACGGCCACCCGCACCUCAGCGGCGACCCCACGGCCUUUGCCCCGCCCAAUGCCCUCAACUGCCGCGGCUUCUUCCUCAUGGCGCGGCCCUACCCGACCAAGAACGCCGCCCUGCUCGACUCGUUCCUCGAGCACAAGAUCGAGAACGAGCGCCUGACCAAGCGCGUCGCCGAGCUGAAGCGCGAGGAGCAGGACGAGCAGGACGACUGGGCCCGCAAGACCGAGGGCCCCUCGACCGUCCAGUCCGACACCCACAACACCCACAGCGACGCCGUCUCGUACGCCCAGAUGCCCCCGCCCGCCAAGCCCACAAUCUCCAACACGGCCCUGACCCGCCAGAACCUCGACGAGGCCCUCGCCGCCAGCAGGCCCGAUAGCAUCAACGACAAGAUGGCCCGCUACGAGGGCGCAAACCACCUCGAGACCAUCGAGAUGCUGACCGGCUUACGCUACAGAGACGGCGAGCGCUCCCAGGGCAUCAGCACAGGCGACGCCAGCCCCAUGCUCAUCCGCGGCGACGCAGGCAUCCAGAUCUCCCUCGACCGCGACGCCAGGAGCUCCUCUGACAAGAAGAAGAAGCUCAAAAUCGCAGACGAAUACGUGUGCACCGACUGCGGCACCCUCGACUCGCCCGAAUGGAGGAAGGGUCCAAACGGGCCCAAGACACUAUGUAAUGCAUGUGGAUUGCGCUGGGCGAAAAAGGAGAAGAAGAAACAAGGCGGCGGUAACACGCCCGUUGCAGCUAACCAGCCCAACACCCCCUCACUCCUUAUGCAUACCAGCACCGGCAGCAGUUGACCUGGAAUCGUGUAUUAACCGUUUGUUACUCUAUUUUCUUGGCGCUGCGAUGGGAUGCGCAUCUAUAUCAUGCUAAGUCGAGUGGUGGAAGAUACAGGACGUGUACUGCGCAUUUUACCGGCGUUUACGAGGUGACGUGAAAUUUAGCAGGAUUUCUGGUCUGGUCUGGCUGGCUGGAUCGAGGUUAGGAUCAUAGAACGGGGUCAACGGCGAAAAAAUGAAUUGAAUGUGUGUGACGAAAUAACAUUGCAUAACGUAUAUAUAUAUAAAUAUGUAUGUAUGGCGAGGAGAUGGCUAGAGGGUUGUCGUUUGGUAUGUAGUAAGGUUGGUAUGAAAUCGAAGAACGUGCUCAUAUCUAUGCCAAUAUGAGCAAGCACCAG